AUGGGGAUCCAUGGUGAUGUAUGGCGACUCGCUUGGGGGAGGGAGGUUGGAGCGCCGGCAUCAUCCAGGAGAGGCGAGUGGUGGAAUGAGGCGGGGCGCGAGCUCGGGAACGGCGGCGGCGGGCGAGCUCAAGAAUGGCUACGGUGGCGCACUAGCUCAGGAACGGCGGCGCGCGCGAGCACAGGUGCCGGCGACGCGUGGAGGUGUGUGGAUCCUGGUGGCGGCGUUGGUGAGAAGUUGGCGGUGCGAGGAGCGCCGACCAUGACCUUCAUUCCUGCAAGGCGAUCAUUCAGAUCUAGCAGGGUGAGCUGGGGUUGGAAGGGAAGCAGAGAGAAGAAGGGGGAGGAGAAACGUGGAGAACCUGUGCCGGAGCCGGCUGUCGAGGGAAUGGAAAAUCUGGUUCGGUGA